CCCCCCCCCCCGGUUGUUUGUUUUUUUGCCUGCGUUUUUUGACCCUUAUCUCUCCCAAACACACCGGGUAGCUUUGCUUUCGGCUUGCGAGGGACUUCACUUCUGCUUCUUGCGCUGCAGCGUUGGGGUGGGCGGAUUACUGGAAAUCUCAGCCAAAAAAGUUCUGCGAUUACUGCAAGUGCUGGAUAGCAGACAACAGACCUGUUAAAUGAGAAACAGAUGUCUGCACACAAGAUGGUCUAUACUAUUCUCUUUGGCAGUAAAAGAUGAGAACUGAAAUAUCUAAUCCUGCCUUUUCCUCAGAGCAUUGAAUUUCAUGAAAGAGGAAAGAAUCAUAAAGAAAAUGUGACAAAAAGAAUUAGUGAGAUUAAAAAGAAAAGCUUGGAGAAAGCAAAAGAAGAAGAAAACAUGUCAAAAGAAUUUGCAGCAAUGGAGGAAGCUGCAAUGAAAGCAUAUCAAGAAGAUUUGAAAAGGCUUGGAGUUAAGCCAGACGAUGUAGGUCCCAGUUCGACACAGAGUAAAACACAGAGUAAUACAGUGGAAAUUAAAGGAAAGAAAGAAAAGAAAGAAAAGAAGGAAAAGAAGGAAAAGAAAAAAAAGACACCUCAAGAUACCUCAAGGCCACCAAAACCUGAAAAGGAGGAGUGGGUACAAGGAUUUUCCCCUGAGGGCUACACAUAUUACUACAACACAACCACAGGAGAAUCACAGUGGGAGAAACCUAGAGGAUUCCAAGACAGCUCUCAAAACUCUAAGACGGCAGCAGAGUGGGUAGAAGGUGUCACCGAAGAUGGUCAUACCUACUACUAUAACACACAAACAGGAGUAUCCACUUGGGAGAAACCUGAUGGUUUUGUUUCAUCUUCAAAUGACAACAGUCAACGUGACAAGCAUUCUGAAGAGCUUACAGAAACAGAUUCCAAAGCAUCUGAAUCAGACUCUGAAAAGGAAGAUAGUGAAAGUGAAGAGCAAAGUACAGAAAUAAAUUUCAAGAGGAAAGGAGAUAAUGGUGAAGAAACAGAGGAAAAGAAAUCUUCCAAAGCUAAGAAGUUAGGCCCAAUAGGUCAGUGGCGAGAAGUUAAGCCUGAAGAAGCUGUUGAUAAAGAGGAGACUACCUCAGUUUCCCAAGAAACCUCCAGUGACAUAUCUAAGAAGACCAACCCUUUUGGAAACUGGGAAGCAAUUAAAAAAGAGGAAGAAGAUACCUCUGAAAAAGUGGACCUGGAGCUUCCUAGUACAGAGAGUGACAAUCUACUGCCUCCAGUGCUAGAAGUUCCAGAAGAUGCCAGAGUGAUAUUUAAAGAGAAGACAGUUACCUCUCUUGGAGACCUGUCAGAAGGGGUGCCAACAUUUAAAAAGAGAAAAUUUGAAAAUGGAAAAUCUAGAAACUUAAGACAGAGACUAAGUGAUCAGUAAUAUUUAACAAAUUAUUUUAGAUUCUGUUUAAGCUAGAGAGAAUCAAAAGUUUAAUAUUUUAAACAGGCUUUUAUAAAGAAAAAGUUGGUUAGAAAUUAAGGAUUUAUAGCUAUUAAAACAUAUGUGAGUUGUAAUAUUUUUUUAAUUUUAUUUUGAUGUGAUUGCUUUUGGAAUGGAAGGUUGUGUUAUAUUACUUAUGCAGUAUUGUAAAUACAUUUAUUUUUUAUUUUAACCAUGCCAUCUAAGUUCAAUUUGCUCAGUGUAUGCUGUUUUAAAUACAUCAUGUAAGGUUUUUUACUCCUUUUCUAAGUACGUGAGAAUGUAGUCAUCUGUAACUUGGUAAAAAUGGUACAAACCUUUUACUUUUGCACAAGAACUGGAUCAAUGGCAGGUACUAGAAAGUACUACCAGCCCCCAAGAUUGUUUAUGUGGAGUAGUUUCCAAGCUAAUGAGUAGAAAUACUGUGCUUACUAACCUUUGGCUCAUCGCUUGCAAAACAGUAGGUAGCGAGAGUUCUAACUUUUCAAAUAGAUAAUUUGAAAGCUAUUUUUAGGGGAGCUGGUCACAUCAGUGCGAUGCGUUUCAAAUGACAUUCUAAAAGAAAUUACUUGUGUGCAUUCAUGAUAAAUGUAUUAGAAUUCUGCAGAAGAUUUAAACCUGAUGAAUUUUAACUUCUAAUAGCAGCACCAGAACAACCUCUGCUGGAAUAGAUUUUUCUGUGCUUUCUUCCCAUUGUAUAUUGCUUUGUUGUCAUCUCUACUUGAAUUUUUCUUUCUUUUUGCACAUUAAGUUUUCUUUCUUUGGUCUUGAUUUCUUUUUGUCUCCCUCCCUGUAAAAAAAAAAAAAAAAAAAAAAAAAAAAAAAAGAAUUGCAUGACGAUUCCAUGAAAAAGUAUUCCAAAGGUCUAGCCCUGCUAUAGCAUACAGCAUCCUUUUUGAGGCUGAUGUUUUUGUCCGUUGGUAAGAUGGAUGCAUUAAAUAGUUGCAGACAGUGUCAGCUGGCUGUUCAUAACAGCUGAAAGGAGCUAAGCAUAUUGAAGCUCCAUCAUUCCCAGUACCAUAGGAGAGGAGAAGGAGCAAUGAACAAAUAAUGCCGAUGGCUGAACUGUCCAAGAUGCAGUGCUUGGCAGUUGAAAAUUCACAAUGUAAAUGCUUAAACAUUUUCUCGAGGAUAGUAGGUUUGAUUUCUUCAUCUGGUGGGACUGGUCUGCAUUUAGCACCAUCAAAGUUUCAUUGUCUGCCUAAGAAGACAAAUGGUGGGCCAGAAAGGUUCAAAUCAUGAAUCCAUUCAAAAAUAUAUCUCCGUUUUAACGCUCACAGUGCCUUGUUCAGGAAAGUCUCGGUCAAAAAUAGUGCAGUUAAAAGAUUUCUCAGAGUCCAGCUACAGCAAAAUAUACUUGGUAACUGCUGAGCUUGAACUUCACUGAGAAAAUGACUGUUAAUGUGUCAGGUCAGCUGGGGAAAGAGUGCAGAACUGGGAUUCUGGUUUAUCAUGUAUUACGAAAGAGCUGAGGUCUUUUUUUUUUUUUUUUUUUUUUUUUUUUUUUUUUUUUAAUUCUGUGACACUUUCUGUGCAGGCAGAGGAGAAUUAGGUAUUGAAUUUAAUCCUAUGUGUUUCUUGGGCUUCUUCAUCAAGGUUGUAUUCUUCUGAAUUUUGUUCUGAGAAAUUUGAAAGUUUUCUUUGGUAUCUAGCUCUGGUUUAUCAUUUAGAGGUGCAGGGCACUAGAUGCUCUCAUGGUCGUAGAUGAAGCAGUAAGUGUGUUUGCUCCACAUUAAUAUAAUGCAAAAGCCUCAUAUGCAAGGCUAGAAGAGAAAUCUACCCUACUCCUGGAGAGAUGCUGUCACAUACUGUUUUCAUGAAAUUAUUAAGCACUUUCUUAAAAACAGCUUUUGGGGUUUUGUUCUUAGUGUUAUUUGAACCUCAUUACUCUAGCAUAAGGGAACCUCCUCCUAGUUUCUAGCCUGCAUGUGUCUGUGACCAGUUUACACUCAUUUAUUCCCAAUUUACACAAGUAUUGCCCUUGAGCUAAAGUAGCUUUCCUUCCUCUUGAGUCCAUCAUGGCUUUUUUUGUUGUUUUGGGGAGGGGGGUUGUGAAUCAAAUAAAGUAUCUUUCUGUGGUAGGAUCUUUGUUACCCUGCCAGCACUUUACUUUUCAUUCAUUCCAGUCUGAAUCUGUCCAGGCUCUAUAUUUGAAAAAGAUUAAGGCCAUGCAUGAUGUCACUAAUACUUCCUUAGCGUAUUGGAAAUAACUCUUGGUACAUCCUUGAACCACAUUUGCUUUCACAUGACUGCAUCGUGCUGUCUGCUCUGGGCGCCCUGUGAUUUACCAAUACAGCUAGCUCUUUCUGCUUCUUUGCCAUUGCCAACUGCUGAGAUUGCAGCUGAUCAUGCUCUCAUUUAAAGAACAAAAAUUUUUCUAUGACCUUGUGUUUUGUACUGCUGUACUCGUUCCAUUUCUGUUACUCCGGGCCUCAAGUAUAUUCAUUUCUCUAUGAUUUCUAUAGAAUGUUUUUAUUAUUUACUUGCUCUCUUCUUUCUUUUUUUUUUUAUGGUAGGCUCUGCUUAUGUUUAACAUCCUCUGAGGAAGUAGUCUUUCUUUUUUAGUGAAAGUCUGAAAAUACAAGCAUCUUUCUUUAAAAAUGUUUUGUCACAUUGAAGUGGUUAUAGACAGUGAUUUAAGAUACCUGUAACUAAAUUGCUUAACCAGAUGUUUAAAAACAUCUGAAAAUAAAUGAAAGUUUGCUUUAAAACUGGUUUCCUUGAGGACCUGCUGUUAGUUGUAAUAUGAACUAAAGGCAUUUGUAAAGUACUGUGUAUAACAAGUAAAUCAAAACAAUUAUUUCCUUUGCAUUAGGAAAAAAAGAGUAAAUAUUUUCUUUGUUAACUCCUAGUAAAGUUGAGUUAAAUAUCACAAGCUUGUUUUUGUUGAUGUGACUUCUAAAGCCUGGAUUUCACAGGAAAUACAGCACUUUACUCCCCAUUAACUCUGAAAAACAGCCUGGAGAGGAACCAGCUUAUUGUUGGUUGUCAGUUAUAAACUACAAUAAGGGGCAGUUGAGAGAAAUUUGAUACUUACAAAGCCACUGUUUAAUUUUGUGUCAUGCUGUCUUACUAUUUCCUUAUUGUGUAUCUAAAUCAAGUAUUUUCCCUUAUAUACAAAAAUAUUGUCUUGUGUAAAAAUUAAGGCAGACGCUGGUGUUCAGGACAUCUGUUCUGCACAAAUCACUCUCCCUUUUAUGCUGUCUCUGCAAAAUCUCCUGCCUUUACAAUUUACCAUAGGAAUCUACUAGGUGGUGCAGUAGUUAUGGUCCUUACAGUCUGACCUUUUGUUAGAGUGCACUGGAGUUGGAGAAGAGAGCGUUUCUUUCACUGUUUUGGAAGAACAGUGUUUUGUUUUCUGUCUAAUCCAUUUUCCAUCAUGCAGUGUGUUUUGGUCUGCUUACCUGCUUUUAUUGCAAGCUUCUUGGAUGAGGACUACAUUCUUCUUGGUUUUAUAUGCUGUCAUAAGACAUUAUUAGUGUUAUCAGAAGGAUAGUAGGAGAGAGAAAGAGGUAGAGAGGGAGUCAUUGCAAUUUCUGCCCAUGAUUUCUUCUGUGUGAUACUGGGCAAGUCACUUUACUGCUCUGCAUUUUUAUUUCCCUGUAUCGUCUUUUAUCUGUCCUGUCUGUUUAGAGAGAAAGCUUCACAGUGCAGGACUCUCUAUUUUUUGUGUGUUUUACAUCAAGGCCUGCCUGGACUUGCUGGUGUAUCCAGAAGCAAUCAUAUGGCAUAUACUAAAGAUGAUAAUGAUUUUGUUUGACUUGUUUUUUCAUAGUGACAGGAGCUGUGCAGAGACGACGUACUCAAUUUGACCCAGGUUAUAAAACGUCCUUGUUCCUGUUUGAGCUAAGCCAAAUCUUAACGCUUCACCUGUGAAUUUGUAGACUGAGUACAUACUUUCCAAUUGGGGAAAGUUUGUUUUUAUUUGACCCUCAUGAAGAAAACCUGUGCUGCAAGAUCAUCCAAUCCCAAUAUUCAGACUCAGAAGAUGGGAGGGCUGGUCAUGAUAUAGAUCUGAGUUAAAUUCUGUACCUGUGCACAUAUAAAAGAAUUUCUUGGUUUUUUUCUCCUGGAAAAAAAAUACUAUCUCAGUGCACAUUUUGGCAUCUCAGAAAAGGAGUAAAAAAAAUAUUAAAUACUGCUUGGUUUCCUUGAUUUGCUUUUUGAGUUGAGCAUCUCCCCUUGUUAGUACUUUUAUUAUUAUUGGUGUCUUCCUCAAACUGUCUUCCUUCAGUAUUCUUAUAUAUGCAAAUCUACAUAUCACCGUUGUGCUGCAUUUCUAGUAUACACCUUCACCUUAUCCCUGGCUCUACUGAGAUCUGAAAGCUUCAUGUUCUCUUAUGCCAGCUACUAUGUCUCCAUAUCCCAGCUUAUGCAGAGUGCUUCUGCUGCUGUUUCAUGCUCUGAAGAAGUAUGACCUCGCCUAUUUUCAAACAACACUCAAGCAAUUUCAAGACUGACUAGACAUGCUCUUUUGAUUUUCUCCAUAAUUUGCUUUCUUGAAACAGAUUUCCUUCUAUUACUCAUACAGGAUUUGAAGCCUUUAAGUCCUUUCCCUUGUUGGUCCAAAAGCUGUCUGUAUAACCCCUGCUGUUUGCUGUUGCAAUCCUUUGUUUCUGUCCCAUCAGCCAUAUCCCUUCAGUCUCUUUUGUAUCUACCUCUUGAGUCCUCUCAUCUUCUACCUGCUAUUUAACUUAGAAAUUGUGUUAUCCAUUUGUGUGAUUAACGAAUCUAGCUUUGUGAAAUGUUUUGGGAUAUAGCUUGAAUAAAAGUUUCUGUACAAAGAAAGAAAACAAUAUUGCACAUCGUUAUCUGAACAGGGCUGAAUUUGUCCAAUAAGAUUCCCAGAGAAUGUCAGCGGGUUUGGCUUUAUCUGUAAACGUAGAACUAUACGAAGAUAAUGUUAAAAAAACCCAACAGGCAACAUUAUACAGGCCAUCUGCUAAUGACAGUGAAUUUUAAUUGAUUGUUUAACUGAAGAUAAUAGUGAAGAACAAUGGAGUUGUUCAAAACAACUUGUUUUUAUCUAUAAGUAUUGUCUGCAAAGUUAAACAGCUGUUUUCUCUUUAACAAAUUCUCAGUUCCUAUUACAGAAUACUGCCAGCUCUUGGAGUUUAUAUGAAAAUACUGAAUAAAGCUUACAUUCAAACAGUC